CUUUGAACGACCUGGAGCGCGCCAACGCGGAGCUGGGGGCCCUCCUGCCUCAGCUGCGACAGGCGUGUCAAGGCCUGAGCGUGGUCCGUGAGGCGCAGGCCCAAGGGGUCUGCACCUCCGAGCUAGUCCCCGGCCACCUCCCAAACGAGGAGGUGGAAGCACGCCACGGGCACCGGGCAGGGGGCAAGGAUGUUGUACCGGACGACGCCUUGCACCCCUUGGCCCGCCCGCGGCAAGCACCAGCAGCUGCGAAAUGGGACUGGGUGGGCACGAAAGGGCGCGUGCGGGCCCAAGGCCCCUGCUGGCGGCCAUCGUGUCCAAGUCCCGACAGCUGCAACGCAGGUGCAGGGUGCCCAGUACAUCUGCGGCUGCAGGAGCAGCACGGGCGGGAUACGGAACAGUACCUGCGAGCAAUGCUCGCUGAAGGACCGUUCCAUCCUUUCAGCAAGCAUGCGAGCCUCAACGAGGUCUCGGCACGCUUCGGGAGAGAUGUUCCGGCGGACUAUCCCUUGCCGGUAGCCCCGGGCCACGUGCGGAAAGCCAAGCACACCUGCCGCCGGCCCGACUGCCCGUUCAAGGGCACGGACCGCGCGUGCAGGGGCGGCCGUGAGUGCGAAGGCCGCGCGCGGCUUGGAUCGUUUCAACGCGUAAUCGGUUCUCCCUUGGUGUUCUGCAACGCGGGGAUGAGAAUCGCAUUGUAA